AUGCGGGUCUCGAGGGUUUAUGCCAUGUGCGGCGCUUCGAGUAUCUGUCGUCGGCCGUCUUGGACGCAACCGGGACAGGAAAUACCCCCAAGCGUGGCCAAUGCGCUCAGACAGAGUGAGAGAGACACUGUUGGUGUGGAGCUUCACCUCCCAUCGUUUGCUUCGGUGGCCUUUGCAGGACGCGACGAGAUGCGGCACCACGUGCGGCGGACGGUGGAAGCGGUAGACUCUGUGAUUCAUGCCUGUGCAGAUGCGGCACUCCCGUUGGACUACAUCACCUUGCGGUGUUGCGCACCAUUUUCAGUUGGAGAAUCGUGGACCGAGGAAGACUGGCACCUGGCGCUUUCUUUUUUGCGCGAAGUGGCGAUGCAUCUGCUUCCGACGUUUCCAGUUUCUUUGCUUUUUCCCAUUACGGCGUCUAACACGCUACCCGCGCCGUGCAUCAGCAAAAUGUUCGACAUGCUUCAUCGCGUAGGCUGGAAAAAUUUUUUGGUGGGGUUGCCAGCUUCCACCAGCAGCGCCAUGGUGGGUGCGACGGCAGAGGGGGAUCAGCCCCCCAUGCAUCCCGCGGUGAGGGGCUGGAUUUCGUUGCUGCACGGAACAGGUGAACAUCCUCGCUUUUCGAGGUCUCAGCCCAUUCCAUGGACGGGGCUAUUUCCAUGGAUUUUGCAGGAAGGAUUUUUUGACCGCUUUUCGGUUGGGCUUUCCGUGGACCUGUACACCUCGUUGCAAUCACUGUCUUUCCUAAGAGAGGCUGGUGAUGAGAGCGGAGGUGAAAACCGCGUCAGUUCCUCACCGAAGCAAGCCAGGAGGGAAGCUGGGUCGAGUUCCACGCAGGAACAGCUCUUAAAACUUCGACAAACCACAAGAAAAGAAAAGGAUUUGUUAUGGAAUCAGCAAGAGAAGGAGCAGCAGCAGCAGCAGUUGAGGACGCAAAGUUUUCAAGGGAGUAAAGGGCCGGAGCUCAUAACUCUUUCGGCACCCCCAAGGGAAUUUUCGGACAUGUUUUUGUCCCAGCACCAGUCUUUCCUGGAUGCGGAGAACAGCGAUGUUGGGCAAGAGAUAUUGAUGAUGGCCCAGUUUCUUCAGCAGGUAUCCGAGGAACAUGCACCCAAGCAGGAAGAUCGGCUGCAGAAAAAAAGUACAGCCUCAGUAGAAUAUGAAGUAGGCGUUGUAAAUGAGAAGAAGGGCACGAGCGAUGCUGCAGCGGGGCGGCAACUGGGGAACUGCACGUUGUAUUGGCAGUUGUUGGAGGAAAUUGCACAGCGAACGCGUGCCCAGUACCUGUGCACAACACCGUGUGUCAAUCCUGCUUCCCUACUGGCGUGGAAACAAGCUUGCGUGGAAAAAUUUGGCUGUAAAAAUAAUGGCAUGAAUAAUCAAGGCGAUAAUUCUUUUUUGACUUUCCUACCAGUUGUGCAUACACUGUGGCCCCUUCUUCAUCCCGUGCAGGUUGAAAGAGUACGUCGGCAGACUAUUUUCUCGGCAGCCAUUAUGGACGACAAGUUUUUAACGGACGCGCUUGAAUUUAUACCAAAGGAAACUCAGCAGGCGCUCCAACAGGCGUUGCGCGACAUUCCCCCUUUGUAUUUGCAGCGGGCGUUGAAUGGUGCAGUGGAACCGCGAAGAGAAACGCAGAUUCACCACGAGGCGGGCGGUGUGCGUUUGUCAUGUGGGAACGGCGGCCGUUCCAAUGUCUCUGAAAUUUUUGGUGCAGGCACGGCAACGCAUCAGGCUCUUUUCUCUGAUAUGCCCGCAGGUGUAUUGCAUCAUAUCUGUGAUGUGGAGAAGACAUUUCGUCAGGGUCCUAUGAAGAAGAUCAUCGAGAACUCGAUUGAGACUAUUCGCUCAGGUGGUGUACAUGCAAGUAAAUGUCAUUUUCUUAUUUCUGUUCCUUGUGACAUGGAGCUUCCGGUGCUGUCUGAGUCUCUCCGACUCCUUUGCCCGUGA